ACAUUAAUCAUAUACAUUAAAUGAAAGUUGAAAAAGAUGAUCAAAUCCUAAACUACUCAGACUCAGAUAUAAAUUUCGAAACCAAUCAAUCAACUCUAUGUGAGGAUCAGUUGUUUUAGAAUGUAAAAAAUUCUUAGUUGGGCGCGGCUUUGAUUUUAUCAUAAAAGCAAUAGAAAGAAAGAAUGCUAAAGAAGCAGAGCGAAAAUUCAUAUCUCAUAAAUAAUCGCACGUUUUAAGAAUAAAGACAAUUCAUUUUGAGAACUUUGUGCUUGAUUUAGUUCCAUUUAUUGGGACCAUUGCUCCUUUGCGUUUUUUGCAUGUUUACGACAUUUGUUGUGGAAUUGCUAUACGACAAAGAAGAAUAGAAAUUUUCUUUUCUAUUUUAUAUUAGUGUGGCUUUAGAGAUAUUUAUAUUAUUUUCAGUUACUAUUUCAAGGAAGAAUGCUCGAAAAACUCCUUACGCUUAGAGUGCAUAUGUCUUUUUUGGGAUUUUCCUGUCAUUUAUAUUGGCUGGGUUGUACUCUUCCACGUAUUAUUCUGACAAUUAAAACGUUGGAUUUAUAAUUCUUGCCUUGAUAAAUAUAUUUUAAGGAUCAAAUGCUGGGGCACUAUUUUACUUUGCCACUUUGAAACAAAAAAAAUCAGCAUUAUAUUCACUACCAUUUAUUUGUAUUUUUCCAUUGCUUCUAAGUUUAAUUUAUAUGUUCUUUAUGUAAAAUGAAAUUUUAAAAAUUGCUUGUUGGAUGAUUGCAUUUGUUUCUAUAGCAUUGGCUAUUUUAUCAGUGAAUGCCUUGUAUCAAAUAAUUGAUGGAGCUUUUAAAUUGGAGAAGGAAUAACACUGCAUAGCUACGAUAUUCAUUUAUAUAAAAAUGAUAGUGUUUUGCAAAGAAUUUUGA